CCCAACCAGCCACUAGAAUAAAACUCGCAACUAUUGCAGAAAAGGGAAAAACGCCCACGUGACUUGUACCGUUGCAUGUGGCGUGCCGGGAUUCUCAGCCGCACGCACGCACGCACGCACGCACGCGAAGUGGUCGACGCGCCGAGAGUCCCGCCACUUCGAAAUAGCCUCACCCGGCAAACCUUGGCAUCUUGGCGCCGGACUAACAACUAUACUCAGACCCUUUAAUCGCAGCAACAGUCCAGAUGGCUGCACCACGUUCACCGCCCAAGCGGCCGCGGCUGCUCGCGGCCUGUCUGGCCCUCGUUAAGCUCUGCGUCGCCGCGAAAUUGAACAACUCGGCCUGGGACCUCACCGUCGGCGAGCCCUUUGUCGUGACGUGGACCGGCGCCGAUGCCCCCGUGUGGAUCUACCUCGACGAGAACCUCGUGCAGGGGUCGACACCGCCGCACUUUGACGCGCAGCAGGUUCUCGACUUCAACGACUCGUCCACGGCCUUCACCUGGACGCCGCCCGACAACGACGGCGGCCGCACGUGGGCCUUUGAGCUGUCCGCCUUGGGCGCCAGCACCGCCGACUACUCGCCCAACUUCGUCAUUGCCAGCGCAGCGGGCGGCAGUGUGGUGAGCCUGGAAAUCACAUCCGCGCGUCAAGGGAUCCAGAUAGCUAAUUAUCGCAUAUCAGAGUGGCACCGCCUCGUCUUCCGCCGCGGCUGCGACGGGCGGCGAGAAUGGAAGUGGGACAUCGCCAUCACCGUCGCCGUCCCAGACUGCAGGCUCGUCGGCCAAGUCCACAACUAGCGCAGCCCCGGGCGGCGACGGAGGGGGUCUGAGCACGGGCGCCAAGGCAGGCAUCGGCAUCGGCGCCGGCCUCGGUGGGCUAAUCGUGCUGGGGCUGGUGGGGUUGCUCAUCUUCCGGCUGGGCAAGGCCGCGGCGGCAGAUAAAAAGACCACGACGACGCAAGACGACCAGCC